AUGUUUUGUUUUUUUAUUUUAAAGGGGUUAAAGCAUUUCAUUUCAGAAUAUUCUGCUUUUACUUUUUUUUGGAAUAGAAAAAAUAGAUUUUAUAGGAGAUUAAUACAUAAUAUAACUACUAAACUUAAUUAUAAGGAUUCUUCGGAGAGUUUUGAUUUGAAAAAACUCUUGGAUGGAUAUCAAAUUUUACUAAAUAAUAAUCCAUUUAAGACACCUUCAGGCAAGAUUUUUGAAUUUCCGUUGAGGAAACAUAAUUUGGCAUAUUCUGUUUUAUUAGAAUGUCGAUCUUUUUCACCUAAUUUUUUUGAAUAUAACUUUUUACCAUUAACAUCUUUAUCUAUCAGAGCAAUUGAUAUGUUUUCAGAGAAAAAAGACAGAGAACAAGCUUCUAGUGGACUUCUGAAAUAUUUAGAUACAGAUACAAUACUAUCAUUUGCAUCAAAAAAUGAAUCAGGAGGUGAUUUACUUGUUUUACAAAAAAAAAUGUGGGAACCUCUUCAUGAAUGGGCACAAAAAUAUUGGAAUGUAGAAAUAUUAAAGACAAAUAAUGAUUUUGGUAUUAUAAUGAAUCCUCAACCAAAAAAAACGAAGAGUUUGAUUAAAGAAUGGAUCUGUAAUCUUGAUCAAUGGCAAUUUGCAGCUCUUGAACGUGCAAUUUGUCUUAGUAAAAGUUUCAUUAUUGGAGCAAAAAUGGUAGCAACUUCAAACAGUCCACCAAUAGAACGUCUAGAUGUUGAAAAAGCUUUUAAUUUAGCACAAUUAGAGAUUCUUUUUCAAAUAGAACGUUGGGGUAAAAUAGAUGAUUCACAUGAUAUAGAGGAGAAAGAUAUAAAGCGUCUUUUAGAAACUGUAUGUACUAUGCUAAAUGAUUAUGAAUAA